AUGCAAUCUUUGAUUUCAAAACAAUACAACAAAAAGAAACAUCCAAACGCACCAAACUCCAACAACUCAUAUUAUCUCUUCGUCAUAGCCAUCACUGCCGCAGCCUUCAUCCUCUUCGUAUUCUAUUCCCGACAAACAGAUCCCCGACACAUAUGCUCCGCCGUCGGAUCCCUCACGCCAGCCCAAACCAUCAUCGCCGACGAAUUCUCAACAUCAUCAAUCCCCUUAGUUGCAAUCUUCCACUACGCGACGGCGAGUGACGUUCCCCAACAGACCAAAAACGAGAUCAGAAAACCAUUCGACGUACUACAAUCCUUAGGACCAUGCAACUUCCUCGUAUUCGGAAUCGGUCACGACGCGCUCAUGUGGGAUUCGUUUAAUCCACGUGGCAUCACGCUAUUCCUCGAAGAAGAAGCUAAGUGGACAAUCUCUUCCCUCAGGCGUUUUCCUAUUCUACGCGUCUACACGGUGCGUUACAACACGCGCCUCAUCGAAGCCAACGCAUUGCUAUCAUCUUACAAGAAGAAUUGUGGGACGGUCGGGGAAGGCGGCCACCCUCUCAAGGAUGAUCGUCGAUGUAGGCUGGCAUUGGGCGACUUUCCGAACGAGGUGUAUGAUCGGGAUUGGGAUGUGAUUAUGAUUGAUGCGCCGAGGGGAUAUUUUCCCUCGGCUCCAGGGAGGAUGGCGGUGAUAUAUUCUGCAGCAGUGAUGGCGCGUGGGAGGAAAACAGCGGGUGUGACGCACGUGUUUCUUCAUGAUGUGGAUAGGCCUGUUGAGAAACUGUACGCUAAGGAGUUUUUGUGCAUGAAAUAUAGAGUUGCUGGGGUAAAGAAACUUUGGCACUUUGUUAUUCCACCUGCUAUUAAUGUUACUGAUACUGCAAAUGGAUUUUGCUAA